UAAAUUUUGACGUUUAUAUUUUUCAUAAAAAAUUUGAUGAGAAUUGGAAAAUUUUCAAUUUAGAUUUUUAUUUCUUUCUUUUUGACAUUUUAUAAAAAAAAUUGAAGAAAAAUUUCACCAAGCAUUAACAAUAUAAUGACUUCCAGGAAAGAAUCGGAGAGGACGAAAUUAAUACAGGAAAAAUGUCAGAAUUUAUUAACCCAAAUGCUUAGAGAUGAAGAUAAUAAAUAUUGCGUUGAUUGCGAUGCUAAAGGACCUCGUUGGGCUUCUUGGAAUUUGGGAGUAUUUUUAUGCAUCAGAUGUGCAGGGAUUCAUCGUAAUUUAGGUGUUCAUAUUUCAAGAGUUAAAUCGGUAAAUCUUGACACAUGGACUCCAGAACAAGUCGUAUCGUUGCAACAAAUGGGUAACUCAAGAGCUCGCGCAGUUUAUGAAGCGCAAAUACCUGAUGGUUUUCGACGUCCGCAGACUGAUACGGCCCUAGAAAAUUUUAUAAGGGCAAAAUACGAGCAUAAAAAGUAUUUAGCACGCGAGUGGGUUCCACCUUCACCACCAAAAGUUGACUGGGCAAAGGAAAUAGAUGAAGAAAUCGAAAAGCAAAAACGUAAGAAGAAGUCAGCGUCCGGCCAAUUAGGUGGGAUAACGGCACCAUUAUCUUCUAGUAAUAUAAUUAGUAGUGGUGAUAAAAAAAUCUCAAGUACUUCAAAUUCUAUCAAAAAUACCCCCUUACCUGCACCACUGCCUAAACCAAAGUCGUCGAAUAGUCCCAAAACAUCAAACCGACUAGAUUUAAAUUCAUCAACUUCUUCAUCCACAAAUAACUCUUCUUCCCUUAACAGCAGUUCCGAUUUGCUUGGUUUAACAUCUCCAACAAAUGCACCAGCCGUAGUUGGCAAGGAACAUCAAAAUGGUUCUGAUCAGUUUACUAGUUUUUUAAGCGCAACUUCAACAACUAACCCUGUAAAUUCAAGUUCAGCAAAUGGAAAAGCUAAUUUGGGAAAAGACUUAAAUAAAACCGCUGCAAACUCUUUAGCAAAAGAAGAAGAAGAUUUUUUUAAUCAAACAACAAGCUUAGGCUCAGUUGCAGACCGUGAUAAAAGUGGAAAAUUAACCAAGGAUAGUAUUUUAGCGUUGUAUGGGACUUCAAAUCCAAGUAGCUUAGGUCAAUUCAAUAAUAAUCCAUUAAGCAGUGUUAGUGGAGCAUAUAGCAAUGUUUUUUCAGCAGGUUUCAUGCAAACAAGCAUUCCAAAUCAACAAAAUCAACAACAAUCCCAUCAAGCAUUCCCGAGCGGUAAUGUUAACCUGGGAGGAGCAAAUGUUACCAGUGGUUCGAGCUGUUUAUCAACAAAUUUAAAUUUGAACUUAGCCGGUAUGCCGCAAGGAUUAUUAGGGCCUCCGCAGCAAGUUAAUCAAUUAGUUCAUCCUCAUCAAUUUAUGCAACCACCAAGUUCGAUGUAUAAUGCACCAGUAAUGACAGCACCAAAUGCUUUUACAUCGGCAUCUGGUGGAGCAAAUGGUGGUACAUCAACUGUUCCUUUACAAGUACAUCAAUAUCAGAAUAUGAAUUUACAACAGCAAGGGUUUGGGCAAUUUCCUUCUCAAAAUAAUAUGAAUUUAACCAACUUACAGAUGCAUCCACAAACAAAUAUGUUUCCAAGUUCAUUCAAUAGUGGUGCAAUAAAUAAUCUGCAAUCAAAUUUCAUAGCUCAUCCUCAAAAUACUGCUAAUUCGGUUCCAAUUUUAGGAGCAGCUACAACGCAGCAAUCAACUAAUUCGACAAGUUUAAGUCAACAAUUUGGAAACUUAAAUCUGGGAAAUGUUUGGCAAUAAAUUAUUGUUUGCUCUUUGAACUUUGUAUUUUGUAAUACUGUGUUUGAUUAAGCUAUUUUUUUAUUAAAGAAUUCUUUAAUUGAUUAUCCUAAAAUGUAACAUCGUAUAGAAAAAAAAAUUAAAGUUCAUUAAUACAUAAUUUUAAUGAAAAUCAUUGUUUUCUCGCGAUCAUUUUGGAAGUGAACAGCCAGUUUUAUAAAUUUUUGCUUUUCGUAACAUAUAUUUGUACCUUAAAUAUAUUUGUUAUACGAACUGAUGUUUUUUUUCACCACAAUAUAUAUGUAUAUGUACACAAGAUAUGCAUUUGAAAAAAAUUUCCCAAACCACUGAUCUGUAAAUAGUGGAAUGUAUUUUAAUAUUAUUUGAGCUUUGGUAUGAAACUAUGUUUGUACAUUGAAUGUAAAUAAUAUAAAUGUAUAUUAUUAGGAAUUGUAAAAUGUAUAGCACAGUUUGCUCAUUUCAUAUUUUCCAAAAUUUAUUUCUUUUUUUUUGCUAAUUUCCUCUUAUUUUAUGAUUAAAUUUGUAAUUGCAUUGUUUACUAUUUCUGUAAAUUUCAUAAAAAUUAUUGAAAAUAUAAAUAAUUACACAAACUAAAUGAUAUAUGCAUAAUGUAAAUAAAAAAAAAAUGAAUGCAUUUCUAUGAAAGAAAUACUUAACAUUUUUUUUAACAUUACGUCAUUGAAU